CAUCAAGAGUCUGCCAUCGUAUUUCCUCGGAAUAAUUCGCUUCCAGCUGUUGCUUUUAUAGCAGCUGUCCAUAUUGCUUUUGAUAGCCUCACAUUUCAAAACACAACUUCUUUACUGCAGUCUCAACCCAACCUGCUGCGGCUCUCCGAAACGCGUCCCCCACUACAAAUGACAACCACGCGAUAAGAGAUCAGCACAAUGCCAUCCAACCUCGAACGCAAGUCGCAGCGCAAACGACAGACACGACUCACGUUUGAUCCUGUUGAUCUCUCCUCCUCACCGUCCACGAUGUCUCCUGCAAAAGUCAGAUACCAGCUCGAUGGAGCAAAGCGAACACCUGCAUCUAGUGGGCAAGGUUCCGCAGAUGCGUUUGAGAGCGAUAAUGUACCACAUUCUUCGAAUAAAGAUGAUUUCAGUCCAGCGCCACGUAAGAAGACUGGAAAGCUGCCGUUCAAGCCGCUACCUACGCCUGCAAAGUCUUCCCAGCCGCAAGCUCAAGCUGAUGAUUCUUCUGACAGUCUAGAGAUCGAGGGUGGCCCCAAGCCGUCCACUUUCCGACAAACUCGAAGUGUUGCUAAAUUCAUGCCGACUUUUGAAAGCAAGAAGAAACAACGAUCGCUUGGAUAUGAUGGAGGAUACGAUUCUUCUGAGGGAUCCGAAGUCGAGGAUAUUACACCUACCAAGAAUAAAUCAUCAACAAAAAAGAAGACUACGGUUGUCAACCUGGUCUCAGAGAGUGAUGAUGCUCUGCCUGUCACUCCAAAGAGAAAGCCAGUCAAGAAGGGACCCUUUAGUUCCAGCCGUGCUACCCGAUCCUCCGACUCGAAUGGCAAGAGCCGUAGACAGAAAUCUGUAACACUUUCGGACUCUGAUGAUGAUGAACUUGUUCCAUUAUCGAAGAUUGGUUCAGCUCGCAAGGCUCUUCCUCACACCCCUGUCCUACCUCGACUGAGGACUAGUAGGAAGAAGGUUGUGGAUGAUAGCUCUGAGGAUGACCCGAUCAUAUCUUCACCAAAGCGUUCACAAAGACCCACAUACCAAGUCGAGCAAGAUGAUGAAGACGAAGAGGAUGAAGAUAUUCAACCAUCACCUAUCAAGCGUUAUAGACGACCUGUUGUAGAAGAUGAUGUUGACGAAGAGCCUGUCAUCUCACCACUCAAGCGUCCACGGCCUACUGUUGAGUCUACUGCCUCCCCGGAUGAUGAUAUCUCACCAACCAAGCGAAGACGUCAAGGCAAUCAGAGAAAUGUUGACAGUAAGCGAGGUGAACCUUCAAGUUCACACAGAUCUUCUCGAGGACGAAGUUCAAAUUCAGAGAGUACUACACCACAGCGGAUAACUCGCCAGCAGAAUACAAAGAGAAAGCAUCGCACUGCCAAAGAGAAGCAGAUGGAAUUACUCAAACGUAGGCGUAACGGAGACAAUAGCGAAUUGACGGAUUCUGAGUCGGAAUCUGAGUCAGAUGGCGAAGAAGAGUUCCAGCAACUCGAAGAAUUUGAUGACGAGGAGAUAGAGGAAGCACCCGUCCGACCAUCCAGACGUCCACGAGCGAAUCAGACCGGAGAUGCUGCCGAUUCGGAUAAUUUCAUUACAGAUGAUGAAGAUGGCGACAUUGGCGUGCCAGGAUUGAGUGCUAUCCCAUUGGAGUUUACGCAUCACGCUCAUAAACAACUCAAAGACCACUUCAAAGAUGCCGUUGAAUGGAUGGUUCACAACAAGAUCAACCCUGCUUUUGCUCGAGAUGAUCCAAUCUACAGACAAGCAUUCAAGAAGCUGAAUGAUGAGUGCUCAGGACUGGCAAAGAGCAAAUUUGCAAGUUCGCAGUGGACCAAGGAGUUUACCAGAGCCGUGUACGCUCGCCCUUUGCUAGAAGAGCAUGUCUUAAUACCUGGUGAAGGCUUUGAUAUGGCAAGUGGUCUGCCAAUCUGCCACGCUUGCAAUCACCGAAAGCACAAGCCUUCUGUUGCACUUAUCUUCAAUGGAAAGGCAUAUGACAAAGUCACUCUGGAGGAAAUAGACCAAGGCAGCAGUGAUUCGGAUAAAUCCAAGUCAGCUCAAGACUCUGAAGACUCGGAUGAUCCUCAAGCCGCAGAUGAUAAAUGCACAAGUGUCAACAGCCAAGAUCAAGAUAUUCCUCCAGCGACGAGACGUUAUGCAGUUGGCCCGGUCUGCAAGACAAAUGCCCAACAAACUCACACACUUGUUCACUGGAAAUACAACCUUAAUCAAUGGGUCAUCUCGGCUCUAGAAGCUGAAGGUGAGCUCACACCGGCAAAGCUCGCUGAGCGUGACGACAUGAACGCGAAGAAGAGAACCAAGUACACCAAUGGGGUUGUGGAUAGAUGGGAAGAAAUGAAUCAGAUCAAGCAGCUCUGGCAUGAUUACAAGCUCGUGACCAGCACCGCUAGAGAGAUGAAGGAGAAGGGCAGAGGUGGCUGGCAAUGAAUGAUUGUGAAGGAGACCACGCGAAGAGAAGAGGCAUUAUGGUAAUGGAGGUUUGUGAUUAAGAUGUUGGAUUAUGUAUGAUUCUUUUGGACCUUGACUUCGUGUCCGGGUCUCCUUCAGUGGGGUACGUACUCCUUGACUUGUUUUGCGUAGGGAAAAGUUCUGUGCAAGUAUAGGAUGGGGGAGUCUGGAGUUCUGCCAUAGUGACUGGAAUUUAACCUAGGCGUGGAGACAACGGCCGUC